AUGGCAAGUCCUAUAGAUUUCAAUCUAAACCAAAUGCAAGUAGACUUCAUCUUAGAUAAAAUGCCAAAGGGAUUCUCUUUAUUGUAAGCUAGUCUAUUAAAAGCUCGAGAAUAGAGAGUGGUAAGAAAUCGGUCCCUUAUAAGUCUCUAGUCCAAGAAAGUAAAUAAAUAUGAUGCCUCUUUCCAAUCUAAUAAAUAAGAAGUAGUGGAAGACAAAAGUAAAAGAAUCCAAAGGCAAACAUCAACUUCCCAAAAAGAAUCACGCAAACCAUAGAUGGAUGAUAGUAACAUUAAAAAAGGAUUGCACUUACUCUAGAUGUUUAAAUCUCAUCCUGCAUUUACAUAAAUUGAUGCUUAAGGGUAAAUUAAUAUCGAUAAAAUUGAAGCUUAUUUCUUAUAGGAAGGUAACUUGAUUGACUUGAAGAAUGAAAUUAAACAAACAUUGCAAAAAUUACAUUAAAAUGCCUCCAAUCAAAUUUAGGAUUUAGUUGCUUAAUUAGAAAUCCACUUUUAUAAUGUCUUUAAACCAAUUUCAAAUCAAUCAAAGCCAACACCUGUUUAAAAUAAAAACACUCUAAAUAAAACUAUCCCUCACAAAUCUAAAGAUGCUUAAAGUUCAAAGAAACAAGACUAGAUCAUUAUUACAUUUGAAGAGAAAAGAUAAUUGGGUUAACAUAUAAGGGAUUUGCCUUCAGAGCAUUUAAAAGGAGUUUGGGAGAUUGUUCAAUAAACCGUUCAAACCAGAGAGGAUGAAGAACUUGAAUUUGAUAUUGAUGUAUUACCUCCGAAGAUUAUUAGAAAACUAUAAGAAUAUGUCAAAAAUAAAUUGAAAACAAAGAAAGUGAAGGUUGACCCUUCUAUUAAUUAAAGCUCAUAGAGAUCCUUAAAUCACGAUAGUUCUUUUGCUUCUGAGUCUUUUGAAUGAGAAUAUAAUUAUAAUAUCAUUAUAACCAUUAAUAUUCAAAA